AUGGCAGCCAUUAGCACACCCAGCAGGAAGACCUCAGAGAAACUGAUGGUAACUGUUCCCAUGGGGCACUUGGUGGCUAGAGUAGGAGAACAGGCUGCUCUCAGCUGUCAGUUGUCCCCACCACAAAGUGCAGAGCACAUGGAGGUGCGCUGGUUCAGGGGUGACAAUUCCACGCUUGUUCACCUAUACAGAGGUGGUCAUGAAGUAAAUGGAGAAGCUGCCCACGAAUAUGUAAAUCGCACAGAGUUUGUGAAAGAGGCCAUGGGAGAGGGCAAAGUGACCCUCAGAAUUCAUAACGUCAGCAUUUCUGAUGAUGGACUGUACUGGUGUUCAUUUAAAGACACUAACUUCAGUGAUACAGCCAGCCUGAACCUAAGCAUGGCAGCACUUGACUUGGAGACACAGAUUCAUAUCCAGGUUCCUGUUAGUGAUGGACUCCUGGUGCAGUGUAACUCAGGAGGGUGGUUCCCACAGUCCCAAAUGGAGUGGAGAGACAGCAGGGGAGAGGUAGUUCCACAUUCAUCAAAAUCAUACUCACAGGAUGAAGCCAGACAGUUCCACAUGAAGAUGACUCUUCUCCUCAGAAACCUGUCAGAUGGCGAUAUUAUGUGCUGUUUCAACCCUGUAACAGGUGAAGAGAAACGAACAAGUAUCAUCCUAGCAGAGGACCUGUUUGAUAAGGACCACCUUACAAUGAAGUUUUUACUUUUAUUUUCAUCUGUCUACAUGAUUGUGUCGCUAUUUUCUCCACUCAUGGUCAAAGGAGUAGUGCUGUGCAGAAGUAGCGAACUAAUGCAAGAGGUGUGGAAGCAGGUGCCCUGUGCUGAAGCACUGGAAGCCUCUGGGUCACUUUAUGAUUUGCAAAGAGAAGUUUCUUCAACCUUCAGAACUAAGUCUCAUACUAAGGCUGACUUCCCUCCUACAAAACACCUAAAUCAAGCAGAAAGGAAACAAGGGCAAGAGUGGUGA